UCGCGGGGGUCCCCAGCGGCAGGACCCCUGCAAUCAUACAUCUUAUGCCCUAUCCUUUAGAUAGGGGAUAAGAUAUAUAAAGCCAGAAUACCCCUUUAACAGUGAUGGGACAAACUCAAUACAUGGGGGAAAUAUGGGAAACCUACACCUCAAGGUGAAGACUCCACUAAACCAAUUUUAUUUCUCCUUUUAGCACCUCUGUAGACACAAUGGCAGCAGGCGUCAUAAGAAACCUCUCAGAAUUCAAGUUGCCUCCACCGUUCCAACAUUCAUUCCUAUUCCCGGCUCUAACCCAGGAUGUGGACUUCCAAGACUCCUCAGAAGAGGACGACGACAUGGUGGAAGAAGAUGAGAUGGAAAACUUAUCCUACGGAGAAGAGCAAGACAUCAGAUCCGUCAGUGAUGUGAGCAGCCAUGAUGCCUCCUCAGAAGAAAGUCCUACAGCGAUGACCGAGCAGCUCCUCAGGUUUUCGGAGCUCAUCAGCAAUGAUAUUCAAAGAUAUUUUGGGCAGAAGACCAAGGAGGAAGAUCCAGACUCUUGUAAUAUUUAUGAAGACUACUUCACCCCUCGAAUGUAUGGAGGGCAGGAGUUAUACUAUCAAGACUUGAUGAAGAUGGCACAAAGCAAAGACCAUGAUAGAGAUGACUUCUUCCGCUCCCUCACCCCUUGUGCAGAGAUAGACCAUAAGGUAUUAAAGACCAUCUGCACCAAGGAAGAUCCCAAAAAGCUGGGUCCUCUCACUGAGCUCUUUGACUUUGGUCUUCGAAAGUAUACGAGGCAAAAAGUGCCAGUGGGUAAGGAUGCCAGGUUACACAGACUAGAUCGCAAAUAUGCCCAUAUUGUGCCCAUGCACAGACGGAUGUUACCCCUGUCCUUCUGGAAGGAACCAUCCCCCGUCCCAACCUGCAUUCUGAACACCAACACCCCUGACUUCAGUGACCUCCUGGAAAACUGGACGUCGGACACUCAUCAUGAAUUACACUGCGCUGGAAGGGACCUCAUGAGCGAAUUCGGCAGAUAGGUCAAUGUUAUAUAUAUAUUAAUAGCAUCAUGUCUGGAGGAAACCAGGCACUGCCUAUCACCUGCCCAAUACCAUCCCUACAGUGAUCAUGGUGGGGGCAGCAUCAUGUCUGGAGGAAACCAGGUACUGCCCAUCACCAUCCCUACAGAGAUCAUGGUGGGGGCAGCAUCAUGUCUGGGGGGAAACCAGGCACUGCCCAUCACCUGCCCAAUACCAUCCCUCCAGUGAUCAUGGUGGGGGCAGCAUCAUG